GCGGCUUCACGUUCGCUUCUCUCUCCACUACAGUAUGGGGCCGGCGCCGCGCGUCCUGGAACUGUUCUACGAUGUGCUGUCCCCCUACUCCUGGCUGGGCUUUGAGGUCCUAUGCAGAUACCAACACCUCUGGAAUAUCAAGCUGAAGUUGCGGCCCGCUUUACUCGCUGGGAUCAUGAAAGACAGUGGAAACCAACCACCAGCUAUGGUUCCCCACAAAGGCCAGUACAUACUCAAAGAGAUUCCUCUCCUGAAGCAGCUCUUCCAGGUUCCCAUGAGCGUCCCCAAGGAUUUCUUUGGUGAACAUGUUAAGAAAGGAACUGUAAAUGCCAUGCGCUUCCUCACCGCGGUGAGCAUGGAGCAACCAGAGAUGCUGGAGAAGGUGUCCAGAGAGCUGUGGAUGCGCAUUUGGUCCCGAGAUGAAGAUAUCACGGAGUCCCAGAACAUUUUGUCUGCAGCAGAGAAGGCCGGAAUGGCCACAGCGCAAGCCCAACACCUUCUGAAUAAGAUCUCCACCGAACUGGUGAAGAGCAAGCUCAGGGAGACCACUGGGGCAGCCUGCAAAUAUGGGGCCUUUGGGCUGCCCACCACUGUUGCCCACGUGGAUGGUAAAACCUACAUGCUAUUUGGGUCUGACCGCAUGGAGUUGCUAGCUUACCUGCUAGGAGAGAAGUGGAUGGGCCCUGUGCCCCCAACCCUGAAUGCCAGACUUUAAGAUUGCCUUAGAAAGUAAACUUUGACAUCUCCAUCUGAUGAAGCUGUCUUCUGUGGCCCUGGGGGUUGAAACAAGAGUCCACCUUUAGCUGUGGCUGCCUUUACGUCUGUGCCUCCCAAGUGCCUCUUGAAAAACCUUAAGCUCUGCAUUCCCAUAAAUAAACCCGAUGCCACUAGACAACA